GACCGCGGGCAGCACGUGACGGCCGCCCGUAGCCCGCUGGGAUUUGAAGUCGCGGAGGGCGGGGAGGGCGCGCGCGUGCGCUCGAGAGGCGGUUGUUCCUCCGAAGGCCUGGCGCGUGGGGCGGCGCGCGGAACUGGUGAGAUGAAAAGUUGUUUUUCGUGACAUAUUUAUCACGCGGAUGAGAUACGAGUCAGUAAGCCAGCCAGGAGCUCAUGUCAUCAGGAACACCAACAGAAAGCACCAUGCCCCCUGAUGCGCCUGAGCUGGAAGCAGAGGUGAAGUCGUGUGAGAGGCAAGUAGAAGGACAGGAGGAAGGCACAGGCAAAGCAGAACGCCUUGAGCCCAUGUCCAAGAGGCAAAGGAAGAAACUACUGAAGCAAAAACAGUGGGAAGAACAGAAGGAUCUCCGAAGGCAGAAACGAAAAGAAAAACGCCAGAAGAGAAAAUUAGAACGUCAGUCAAAAUCAGACACCAGUAAUGAAGGGAAUGACAGAAAGCGUAUGCGAAGGGAAGUUGUGCCCAGCACGCUUCGCCUCGUUGUGGACUGCAGCUUUGAUGACUUGAUGGUGCUAAAGCUUCUGGCUCAUGGUAAAGCAUUUUGUGGUGGUCUGUCUGAAGGACUAUGUAAAAACAAAUUGUGUUGUAUACAGGAUGUUAAGAAGCUUCACAAGCAAAUUCAGAGAUGUUAUGCAGAAAAUCGCAAAGCAUUCCAUCCUGUGCAGUUCUACUUGACCAGCCAUGGGGGACAGCUGAAGAGCAAUAUGAAUGAAAAUGACAAAGGAUGGGUCAACUGGAAGGAUAUCCAAAUUAGAACAGAGCACUACAGUGAGCUAAUAAAGAAAGAAGACCUGGUGUACCUCACCUCAGAUUCCCCAGACGUUCUUGGUGAGCUUGACGAGAGGAAGGCUUAUGUGAUUGGAGGACUGGUGGAUCAUAAUCACCACAAGGGAAUUACUUACAAAAAAGCUGUAGAGCAAGGGAUCGGUCACGCACAGCUCCCUCUGGGAAGCUUCGUGAAGAUGAACAGUCGGAAAGUGUUAGCAGUCAAUCAUGUGUUUGAAAUCAUCCUUGCGUACCUGGAGAAGAGAGACUGGAAGGAGGCCUUUUUCAGUGUCUUGCCACAGCGGAAGGGGGCAGUUCCAUUGGGAGAAGCCAGUGAUUCAUCCCAACGUGCCCUAUGUGAGAAAGAAGGUGAAGACAAGGACUCAGACAGCAAUUAGCCUGCAGGAUAAGAAGAUGGGAAAGAUGAGACAUGGAGUUUGUGAGAUAACACUGAGACACGAAGCAGUUAAGCUCUGAAGAUCAUCUGCUGCCCUUGUGAUACUUAAUUGUCUCAGUGCUUGGUAGCUUCAGAGUUGGGUCAAAGUUGUUCUUGGACAGAAAGGGUAAAAACAAAUGCAGUUUUUAUCCUGAAACUUCUAUAUUAAUAGCUUUAAAAAAUAAAUGAAUAGCAAAUGCAGAAUUUA